AUGCAUUCUUCACCCCGUUCCACGCCUUCUCCUUCGAAGACCACAAAUGAUGCCGACAUCGUUAUGGAGGAUUCGCCCCAUGCUCCUUAUCGUCCUCCAGAGGCCGUCUUUGAACCACCUGAAGAACAUCCCCCAGGUUAUGUCCCAGGUGUGGUGGCGGAACAUAUCGGCACAGGCGAUGAUGAACAAGUAGUUCUUUGGGAUAGCAAAGCCGAAGCCAAAUUGACAGAUCUCUGGGACGCCGACGAAGAACCUUUACCCUUCAGUAUUCCAGAUCGACCCGUCAUUGGAGCAGGUCUUCUACCAAGAAGGUUGCUGAUGCUCGUUCAUGAACAUGAAUUGGUCCUUCCUGUCAUUGAGGACUUACCAAAACCAAUUCCCAGGCGUCAGUCCAUGCCGCCAGCUGUUCAACCGGAUUUGAUCAGAUUUCCAGAGGACGAGAAGCCUGCAACAUCUCCGACUACCCAAACGUCCAGUACACCGUCUUCGACAUCGGAAUCACAGCCCACUUCAACUUUGAAUGAUGUCUAUGAUGCUCUCCCUGGAGGAGUCGACCAUAAUCGAGAAUGGUAUUUCUGCGCUGUUUGCUGGGGGUGGGUUCACAUUGUGUCUGGCCGAGGUCACCUUCCGGCUAUCGACGAUAUGGAUGUUUGGUCUUUACAAGCGGAUAAAACAUCCACCUAUACAGAUGAUCCCACAUACGAACAACGAUACUCGGCUCGCGUAGAGGAACAAUCACGCUUGAGAAAUCUUCUAAGCUGUAAUCACCUCGAAAAGACACCUGGGGAACAUCACUUUCAUGAAUUUCAUCAUCUCCUUCAACCCUCGACCAGCUCCGUUCAGGUACCUAGGAUCCCAGUAGACUCCGAAAUGUGUGCUUUCCCUCAUCUCACACCAGGUUUAGAGCCUGAGGAGUCGUGGCAGGUGUAUCGCAGCCCGAGGAAACAGUCAAAGUUGUAUGUUAGCUGCACAUCUGACUUGUGGAUCUUGGUAGAUGCCGGACCUGUCCCAGGACAGAUACCCGUGGGUCUUGUCGAAGCCUUCACCCUCGAAAAGGUCAACAAUCCUCGGCCCGGGAUGGACAUGUACGAAAGUGUUAACAAGGCUUGGGGUUUGAUCGUCACACUGCUUGAGAACCCGUUAUUCAAAGGUCAACGAGGAUGGGUCAAACUGGAGAAUAAGAAGUUUCAGGCGGAAAUUGGUGCCAAUAUAUCCUCCUCCGCCCUUCUUUACCAGAUUGGAUUUGCAUGCCGGGAAGAAUUAGAGGGGAUUCGAGUAGGACCAUUCCAGAAGAAUGACAAGGUCAGUGAAGAGGACGUGAGGCAGAUGGACAGAUACAUGCUCAGGACAUGGGUGGAGAUCUCUUUGUACCUUCAAGCAUAUCAGACACGAAACAACGCUCGACCUCUCUGGCUAUCCCGCCCGUCUGUACACUCCUUUUCCACUGAUGUUCAAGCUCACCAGACAGUGGUCCGCUCUACAACCGAGUCCGUCCCUGAUGCGCUAAACAGUUUGGGUGUGACCAAGUUUGACACGGCUGCUACCAUCAUAAAGGCUUACAACUUGCAAAUACUGGAUGAUCCACGACCCUCACCGCUAUAUCUUAAUGCACUGGAGCUACUCUCGCGGACUUCUAUUCCGGACAGAGACACCCUGGAGCUCAAAGUGGGGAUAGAAAGGUCGAUGGGUGCUUAUACUGCCAGCGAUAUCCAAGGAGCAUACGCACGUAUAGGCUAUGAUCAAGCACACGCCGCUUCCAUCGAAGUGGAAGCUCACGACGCUCCUGACGAGUAUAUUCUCGACAUGCACAAGAAGACGAUGCAAGCUUCAUCAUCUGCCAGUGACAGGGCGGAAAUAUCUGCCGCGUUGGUCCUCAUAGGUCGUGAGAGACGGUCGGAAAACAUCCAACAGAUAGGAAGAGGAGGACAAACUUUCAUCUCCGUUGAAGACGCCUAUUCUGCUUUGUCAGCCCCUAGGGAUUGUAUCGACGACGGUUUGGUGAUGCAAUACGAGAUGGCAGUGGCGGAAUUUCCUGGUAAAGCGGAUCAUUAUCGAAAAUGUCUCGAAGUCAUCGCUUCUGCACCUGGUGAGGAAAGACCGUCUAUCAGAACUUUUCUCGAGACUGGAAGUAAGGAUUUCUCCGGUCCAGCUAGGAAAGAUAUUCCUGUAGGAUUACACAAUAUAGGUAAUACAUGUUAUCUCAAUUCGAUACUUCAAUAUCUGUAUAGUAUCAAACCUAUCCGAGACGCGGUGAUGGAAUUCGAACAAGAUCUUUUAGGCACGACUACACCUCCAAAACCAGAAGUCGAACGUUCUCGAAGAUUUGUCAGACAUUUACGUUUGUUAUUCAUACAACUUUAUCUUUCCGAAGCUUCGGCUGUUCGACCAGAAGAAGAAUUAGCUUAUCUCGCUAUCACCCGACCAGAAGUGGAUCAAAUCAUUGAACCACCUGCUCCUACUAGGGAUGCUUUCUCAGGUAUAAACGAUAUCCCAUCACCAUCUUCUACCAAAGUUGCCACUCCUGAAUAUAGUCCAAGUCGAACCGAUCUAUCACUCCCUUCCUCUCCCGUUGCAACACCGACAAGAGAACAAUCUAUCCUCGGUAAACGUCAAAGCACAGAUCGUGAUUCCGACGGAGGUAUCUCACCAGGAGCUAGGCCAAGACUCAAAUCAGAUGAUUACGAAAUGGAAUCUCCUACGGAUGCGAAUCAUAGUAUGGACACCGCUCGCAAUCUAUCCCCUGAUUCUGGGCCGAUACAGAGAGGUUCAAGUCCUUCUAUGACAGCGAGAAUAUUGAGUUUGGACAUCAAAUCUCCUCCUGAAGAUUCUCUAGAUGUGGUAUUACCAAAUUCGAAUAUCACUAGUUCACCAACGAAUAUCUUGGUACCUCCCCCUUUACCUCCCAGACCUAGGAGGGAAUCCACAUUGGCCUCAGGAUUGAAAUUUGGUCUUCAACAGGAUUCAGCAGAAGUUCUCAUAAAUGUUUUAUCUCAAUUGGAAUCAGCAUUCGAACCUCCCGUCGCUAAGGAUGGGACGAAAGGGACGAAUCUGAUACAACAAUUGUAUUCAUGUAAAUAUCGUCAACAAAUAAUCUUUCAAACUCCUGAAGGAGUGAAAGAAGCUAGAGAACCUGUGGAAGGUGUUUUCGUACAUCCUAUAAUUGGGGUGGAGGAGGAAGGGAAAGAUUUGUCGGAUUGUUUGGCUGAAUUGUAUCUCGGAGGGAGUGAUAUAGAGUAUGAAGGAAAGAAAGGGGCGAUGAUGGAUUUGAUGGACGAGUUUCCGCCUAUGUUGUAUAUACAGAUGCGACGCUCUCAAUUUGACCUAGCUACCGGUCGCGAGAGAAAGACUAAUACGCACAUACCUUUUGGCCAGACGCUCAGUAUGGACCGUUUCCUCGCCACUGCCGAUAGACAGGCUCGAGAAGCGUCGAUUGUUUUAACGCAGGAGAUGAUGAAUGUUCGACAUCGCUUACAUCAAUUGAGAAAUCAUAAAGUGAGUUGUGUGGAUCUAAUAUUUCCUCUUGUCUCCAACUCGUUCCUCUAUGCGCGUCCCUUGUCCAUCCCAUCCACUUUCUUACACGUCCAUAUCACCCCAGAUCUUCUUCACGCCCUCACAUCUGAAUCUGAUGAAGUCAAACGUGAGAUCAGUCAAUUAGAACUGAAAUUACCUGAAAUGAGAAAAGAAUUAGAUGAGAUAUGGAAAGGGAAAACGGAAUGGGAAUACGAGUUGAUGUCUGUUUUCAUGCAUAGAGGCAAGACUAGUGGUGCAGGACAUUAUUGGACUUAUCAAUCGCAUUUACCUGAUCAUCAAGACAAAUUCUUUAAAUACAAUGACGAACUAGUAACUCAAGUCCCUUCAUCUGAAGUAUUACAAGAUAGAACAGGUAGUGAUGCUAAUCCAGCUUUAUUAUGUUAUGUACGUAAAAACAAAAAUUUAGUCGAUACUUUACAUCGAGCGAUUUUAGAAGUAGGUUUGAAAGAAGAAACUCCUGAACUUGUUGAACCUAUGGAAUGA